UAGUUCUUCAAUAUUCAAAUCAUGGAUGACUACAGAACCCUAAACCUCACCCUCAUCUCCGCAAACGGACUAACAAAGGCCGCCAAACUGCAUGUUUACGCCGUCGCAUCCAUCUCCGACUCCCGCGCAGCGAUCACCGUUCAAAAGUUCAAAACCUCGGUUCACAAAGACGGUGAUUCAGACCCCACGUGGAAUUUCCCCAUGAAGUUCACCGUUAAUGAAGCUGCGGGCCUUCAGAACCGCCUGACGCUCGUCGUGAAGAUCAAGGUUGAGAGAAUGUUGGUGGAUAAGAACCUGGGAGAAGUUCGUGUGCCGAUCAAAGAGCUUCUUCAAGGCGUAUAUACCCAAAAAUUUUCUAUAGAACCGGGGGUCGAAAACGUAUAUACCCAAAAAUUUCUAUACGAAAACUACAUAUAUAACACUACUGAGUGAAAAGUUUGGGGGGUUGGUCGCCCCUCC